ACAAUAAAUUUCUUGUUUGUCAUUCUCACGGUCUCAUCGGCAUCUUCACCGAAACAACUGAACGCCUGUAAACUUAAUUUCAUUGCGAAGAGAUCUUGCACAGUGUUGUUUUAAAACAUGGAAGCUUUAAUGGGAAUUCGCGGUCCGGAUUUCGUGAUGCUGGCCGCCGAUUGCACGCACGCCCAUUCCAUCAUGGUGCUGAAGGACGACGAAGACAAGAUCUUGAAGGUGUCCGAUAACCUGAUGAUGGCCACCAUGGGCGAGGCGGGCGAUCGUGUACAGUUCACCGAGUACAUUAGCAAAAACAUACUGCUGUACCGAAUGCGCAACGGGUACGAGCUAGGGCCGAAAGCGGCGGCACACUUUACUCGCCGCAAUUUGGCCGACUAUCUGCGCUCCCGCACACCGUACCAUGUCAACAUUCUGGUCGGUGGUUACGAUGAGGUGGAUGGUCCACAGCUGCACUACAUCGACUAUUUGGCCAACUCGCUGCCGGUUAAGCAUGCGGCACACGGUUACGGUGGCAUGUUUGUGAACAGUAUCUUCGACCGGUACCAUCACGACAAAAUCACGCAGAAGGAAGCGUACGAAAUUUUCCGCAAAGGGGUGACCGAGAUUCACAAGCGGUUGAUUUUGAACCUGCCCAACUUUAAGGUGGCCGUGAUAGAUAAGGAAGGCGUAAAGUAUCUUGACGAUAUUACGCCGGAAUCGCUGAAGCAGGCUUCCGCUGCCUAGGUGACACAAACACACUGCGCGACCGUUUGCCUUCUCGGGGGCGUUCUAUGUUCGGUGUGGGGGGAAGGAUUUUUGUCUUGUAUUCGGAAUAAAACCAAUCUACAUAAAAGUUUAUAAAAUGUAUCAAUCCAAA